CAAAAUCAUGUCUCUCACCGGGUUCAUCGGUCUCGGCAACAUGGGCGGCCAUAUGGCCCGGAAUUUGAUCAAAAACGGGAAGAAACUCAUCGUCUACGAUGUUAAUAAGGCAGUAGUGCAGGAGUUUAAGGCAGAAGGCUGUGAAGUCGCCGCUCACCCUGCUGAUAUCGCCGCCGCUUCGAAAGAAAUCAUCACAGUGCUUCCGAGCUCUCCACACGUGAAAGCCGUCUAUCAAGGCGAAGCUGGAAUUUUUAAAACCAUCCAGCCUGGAACACUGUGCAUGGAUUCCUCCACAAUCGAUCAAAUUGUGUCACUGGAAGUUGCUCAGGCCGCCGCUUUGCUCAAAGCCGAGUAUAUCGACGCCCCAAUCUCCGGUGGAGUCACUGGCGCCCAGCAAGCUACACUAACAUUUAUGGUUGGAGCCGGAAACGAUGCAACUUUCAAGCGUGCCGAAGCGGUUUUAAGCCUUAUGGGCAAAAAUAUCGUGAAUUUGGGAGCCGUCGGCAACGGAACAGCCGCCAAAAUCUGCAAUAAUAUGCUUUUGGGAAUCCAGAUGGUCGCUGUCGCGGAGACUAUGAAUUUAGGCAUCUCAAUGGGUCUCGACGCGAAAGCGCUUGCCGGAAUCGUGAAUACAUCGUCAGGAAGGUGUUGGUCGUCGGACACGUACAAUCCAGUACCCGGAGUCAUUGAAAACAUCCCUUCGUGCAGGGGUUAUGCUGGCGGCUUCGGAACGACUCUAAUGGCAAAAGACCUUUCAUUGGCUCAAAAUGCUUCAACAAAUACUCAAGCACCAACUCCAAUGGGCUCACUGGCUCAUCAAAUCUACCGUAUUCUGGCUCGUGAUCCACAGUACCAGGCAAAGGAUUUCGGUGUCGUCUAUCAGUUUUUGAAGAAACAAAACUCAUAAUUUUCGGUUUUUUCUGAAAUUUUUAAAGCAUAUUUUAUGUGAUUUGAAGCCCCGUAUUUUCAGGAUUUUUCCAAUUUUUAAGCAUAUUUUAUGUGAUUUUUCCGCCUUUUUUCUAUGUGCCAAAUUGUGUUUUUUAUGUAGAAAAAAAUAGAAAUUUAUGAAUUUUUUGUUUAA